UUAGUCGAAGGAAAUCUAUUUCAGGCCAGUUGUACACGUCGGCUCUGUUUACGUCAUACUCUUUUCAAAUUUCUCCGAACUCUCAACUUGUUCGUAAAAUCUUAACUAUCAUAGAUUUCUGCAUUACCUCCAUUUCCUCCCUCCUUCCCUCAAAUUUUCGUAACCGGUCCAUUCUAGCUGCGAGACGACACUCAAAAAUCAGACUCUGCCACAAUAAGAAGGAUUUGUCUGGAUUGGUUUUCAUUUUAAAAAAAAAAAAUUGGCUGGGUAUUUUUGUGAUGGGUGCUAUGGAAAAUAUGAUGGUAAACAAAGAGGAUCGUAUACCAAAUGAGGCUAAGGAGAUUUUGAGGUCCUUGGCGUCUAAGUGGGAGGAUGUGUUGGAUGCAAGUGCAUUGCAGGUGAUCCCUCUUAAGGGUGCCAUGACCAAUGAGGUUUUUCAAAUAAAGUGGCCGACAAAAACGAAGGAAAUCUCACGUAAAGUUGUAGUGAGGAUUUAUGGUGUUGGUGUGGAGGUCUUUUUUGACAGGGAUGAUGAGAUCCGGACGUUUGAGUUUAUGUCUAAACAAGGUCAGGGACCUCGUCUACUCGGCCGGUUCUUAAAUGGGCGAAUUGAAGAAUUCAUACGUGCACGGACGCUGUCAGCAUCUGAUUUGCGUGAUCCAGAAAUAUCUGUUCUCAUAGCCGCUAAAGUGAAGGAGUUUCAUGGUCUUCAGAUGCCUGGUCCAAAGAAUGUCCGCCUGUGGGUUAGGUUACGAAAUUGGCUGAAAACAGCUAGGAGCGUGUGUUCUUCUGAAGAAGCCAAAUCCAUUCGCUUGGAUGCUGUGGAGGAGGAAAUUUCAAUGCUGGAAAAGGAGUUCUCUGGAGAUCAAAGAAUUGGUUUCUGUCAUAAUGAUUUACAAUAUGGAAAUAUAAUGAUUGACGAAGAGACAAGAGCAAUAACCUUAAUAGAUUAUGAAUAUGCAAGUUACAAUCCUGUUGCCUUUGAUAUAGCAAACCACUUCUGUGAGAUGGCAUCUAACUAUCAUACUGAUACACCUCAUAUUGUGGACUACAAUAAAUACCCUGGAUUGGAAGAGCGUCAAAGGUUUCUGCAUGUAUAUCUUAGUUCUUCAGGUGAUCAGGCUAGUGACAUUGAGGUGAAGCAACUCCUGGAAGAUGUUGAGAAAUACACACUUGCAAGCCAUUUGUUUUGGGGCUUGUGGGGCAUAAUAUCGGAACACGUGAAUAAAAUCGACUUUGACUACGUGGAAUAUGCUAGACAGAGGUUUGAACAAUACUGGUUAACGAAGCCUAAACUCUUGCAUUGCUUGGAGAGUGACAACUGAUGCUGUAGUUGAUGAUUAUUCAUUAUAUUAUAUAGUCGAAUCUUAGCUUUCUUGUUCUCAGUGCAUUCUAUGGACAUAGUUAUGUACAUAAACUUUUGAUCUUUAUCAAGACUUUUAAAAAUAUUGAUUAUUUGCUUAGUAUUUCUUUAAACUAAGAUAGUUCGGUAACAUUUUCACAUGUUGUAAAAAUAAAUCCUGUUUCUACAGAAGAUGAUGUUGUAAAAACAAAUGCUGUUUCUAUGGACGAUAAGGUUUCUUCUUGUUUUUUU